CUCCUAUUGGACCACUGGAGGGCGAAGGUCACGGCUGGCUUUCCAGAGGAGGCGGUGAACAGAGUGACGUCACAUGCACUUGCCGCUCUAGGACGCCGCACUCGCUCACCUUAAUCCUUUCAGUUCGGGAGACGAAGGGGCUGCGGGAGUGUCUUGCGGAGGAGCCGUUCACACGUGUCUUAGGGGGGACAGGGGCUUUUCCCGUGCAAAGGGAGGCGGGGAAGGGAGAGACCCGUGCCCCGCUCAACCCUAUCCCGGGUCCCAUGUUCCCCAGCUGUUCUCUCCAUGCAGGGGGAAGCGGAGCUUCACAGCAGCAGCAGAACCGGGGAUCCCAGGAAGUCGGCGGCCCCUUCAGCUGCCUGCUUCCCAGCUCUCCCCGAGGAGACCUCGGCCCUGCGCUUGGCUGACCCGGUUGGGCUCCGAGAAAGUUGUAUAUACAAACUCGCAGCCAUUUGUAGUCUUUGCAAGCCAAAAUUUUCUCUUGGGCAAGAAGAGCUUGCAGUGGUCAGCCCAGCAGCAGUGGAAACGGUCCUAUGAAUUAAAAGAUGUUUGGAGAUUCACAAGAGUCCUUGGACACAUUUGGAAUUGCUCUAUAGAACAGAGAAGGAAUGGAGACACGACCUUUAAUAAAUGAGGGAAUUGGAAGUGGCCCUUCAGCUGUUCAGCCUGGGAACUGUGGGAGGCUCUGGGCAAGAACUGGGCAGAAGAUCCUGGAGGAGGAAACCGUCAUCCAUUCAGAAGUUCAGUCCUGGAACUUCAAGACCAUCCAAUACCAGGAGGCUGAGGGUCCCCGAGGACUUUGCAGCCGACUCCAUACAUUUUGUAGGCAAUGGCUGAGACCAGAAAAGCACACCAAAGCCCAGAUGCUGGACCUGGUUCUUCUGGAGCAGCUCCUGACCCUUCUGCCCCCAGAGAUGGAGAGCUGGGUGAGGGAAUGUGGAGUAGAGACCAGCUCCCAGGCGGUGGCCCUGGCUGAAGGCUUCCUCCUGAGCCAGGCAAAGGAGCAGAAGGAGCAUGUCGAGUUGCAGUCCUUCGCUGUGGAGAUCAGAGAUCCUGAAGGAAGGAGGAAUCCAUCAAAUCUCUCUGAGGAUCUGUUGUUCAAGAGGGUACCUCAGGAAGAUUCAAGCCAGGACACCAUCAAAGGGAAACAUAGAAUGGAGUUUUCUGGUCUUUCUGGUGGAGCUGAAACAGUGGUUGAACCUCCAAAUGAAGAGAGUCUUGUGUCCUUUGAGGAGGUGGCUGUGUAUUUUUCUGAGGAGGAGUGGUCUCAGUUGGAUCCUGACCAAAAAGCCCUUCAUUGCAAAGUCAUGCUGGAAAAUCAUAGGAAUGUGGCCUCUCUGGUUCUAAGAUGGUGGCCCCUGGAUCAGCUACGGCUACAUUGGCUCUCGAAGGUGAAAAGUUUUGGGAGGGAUAUAAAGGAUAGAGGCCACAUGAUCAGGAAGGUUUUAAUGUGUUUGAGCAACGUGAUGGAACUAAGAUAACAUACGACCGACAAUCUUUGCUGGGAUGGUAAUAAUGGGCAGCAGAAUCAAGAUUCCUGUGAAUUGUUUCCAGUAAUCAUUGCUGGAGAUGGAACAGAGAAAUCUGCAAUUCGAAAGAAAGUACAAAGACAUGAAAGAAACCAGUUAAAUAAUUGGAAUCAGG